UAUAUUUUCUCUGCGUUCCCCUCAUCGAGAAGCAAACGGAGAAUCCAGACGGUUUGGAUACAGCCUCAAAUUUUCUGAGAUUGAAUGAGCAGAUUUGCGACGGCGAGAAUGGCGGAGGGAAUUAGCAGAGGAUCGGCGGUGCCGGAGGCGACUGCGGCGGCGAAAUCUUCGUCGUCGUCGAGAUGGAGCUGGCCUUCGUUGCUCCGGUGGAUCCCGACCUCCACCGAUCACAUCAUUGAAGCGGAGAAGAGAUUGCUCUCGAUCGUCAAAACUGGAUACGUACAGGAGCAGGUAAAUAUUGGUUCUGGACCACCUGGAUCAAAAGUUAGAUGGUUCAGGUCGUCCAGUGAUCAACCAAGAUUCAUACAUACAAUCACAUUUGAUAGUAAAGAAGACUCUCCAACACUUGUAAUGGUUCACGGCUAUGGUGCUUCUCAAGGCUUCUUCUUCCGGAACUAUGAUGCCCUAGCUAGUCAUUUUCGAGUGAUCGCUAUUGAUCAGCUUGGUUGGGGUGGCUCAAGUAGACCUGAUUUUACAUGUAAAAGCACAGAAGAAACUGAGGCUUGGUUCAUCGAUUCUUUUGAGGAAUGGCGUAAGGCCAAAAAUAUCAGUAAUUUCAUAUUGCUUGGACAUUCUUUUGGUGGCUAUGUAGCUGCAAAAUAUGCUCUAAAGCACCCUGAACAUGUCAAACAUUUGAUUUUAGUAGGUUCUGCUGGCUUUUCUUCAGAAUCAGAACAUCAAUCAGAAUGGCUAACCAAAUUUAGGGCCACGUGGAAGGGUGCUGUUGUAAAUCAUCUUUGGGAGUCUAAUUUUACUCCUCAAAAGAUUAUACGAGGCUUCGGCCCAUGGGGCCCAGAUUUAGUACGGAAAUAUACUAGUGCUAGAUUUGGUUCUCACUCGACUGGUACCAUGUUAACAGAGGAAGAGACCAGAUUACUUACAGAUUAUGUAUACCAUACUUUAGCUGCCAAAGCAAGUGGCGAAUUGUGUUUGAAGUAUAUAUUUUCAUUUGGAGCAUUUGCACGGAAACCUCUUCUACAAAGCGCAUCAGAGUGGAAAGUCCCCACUACCUUCAUUUACGGCUAUCAGGACUGGAUGAACUAUCAAGGCGCUCAGCAAGCUCGGAAGGACAUGAAAGUACCGUGUGAAAUUAUAAGGGUUCCUCAGGGUGGGCACUUUGUGUUUAUAGAUAAUCCAUCAGGAUUCCACUCCGCGGUGUUCCAUGCUUGCCGGCGGUUUCUCAAGGAUCUUGCUGAUGACCAACCCCUUCCUGAGGGCCUUACGUCUGCAUAAGCUACUCCGGAGCAUAUUGUUUUACGAAAAUAUAUGUGAUAUAAUAUAUGUACAUUGUUCGUUGUACUUAAAUAAUUCUCAAAUCCAGCUAUUGUUGUCGGAAGCAACAUCUGAGCUAAAUUAUUAGAGUAAAUAGUUCAAGUGCCGUUGAGGUAUGUAAAAUGGUUUUCUUCUUGGUGUUUAGCGAGGCAUGCAUCGGUGCUGCA